UGUUCUCCUUUGAUUUGGCCCGGCUUAUCCGUCUCCUUUGCCACUACAAGAUUAUAUUGAAAUUGCUUUUGGUGCGUUGAAAGGAUUUUAUUAGGCCAAGUUAAUACGCUUUAUUCUUAUUUUUGUUGUUUUGUGCAAGUUGCCAAGGCCAACAGCUGCGCUCGUUAUUGCCAAAGAGGAAAAAACAAUAAAUGUCUAUAUAUUUACAAAAAGAUCUCGAGUUGACUAUAAUUUUGUUUUAGUAAAUUGUGUGUACAAGACUGGGAAUUCCCUCUAAGAACAAGAAUAUUAUUAGUUUUCGUGAUUUACUAUUUUUAAUAUUUAUUUUGCAAUAAUAAAUAACUAUUCUCUUGCUGUCAUUUUCUACAUUUUUCCAAGGCCAUAUUUGUAGCCCCAUGAUAGAAUAAAGCUAUAAUUGUUAUAAUUGCUUUUUCUCCAAGAUAUUUAUUCAUAUUUGUCUAGGUGCUUUACUAGUUAAAUUAACAAUAUGUAUUUCUCAGACAAAUUUCUAUGCUUUUCUUGCCAAAUUCGACAAUAAAACAGGCUUAAAUAUUUGUCUAUCCUCGCUAAGCACACGCAGUCCCUCUGUUUUUUUCUAUAAAUUGAAUUAAAUUAGCUGAGCAGUUAAUAGUCUUGUCGAGGCUUUCCUAUCCGUCCUUUGUGAACAUGCGUUUCCUGAUCCUCAUUGUCCUGUCGCUGUUGGCCCUCUUGGCCCUGACUGAAGCAAACAAAACCGUCAAUGCACUGAAUGCGGAUGCCUCUUGUGCAUGCACUCGUUUAUAUAAUCCAGUUUGCGGCACAGAUGGCAGGACCUACAGCAAUUCCUGCGACCUGGCCUGCGCGGCUAAGCGCCAAAGAAAAACCAUUCGCGUGGCAAAGACUGGACGAUGCUGAAUAAACCUUAAGAUUAUUAAAAGAUUAAAAAAACAAUCAUCUAAAACUUAGAUUCUAAAUUAAAUAUUUGUUUCAAAUCUAA